CAGGAUAUCAUUUGCACUGUCAAUCUUCAACACAACUGUAUCGAUUCGAAGUGUGUAGACAUGCGCCAGCAACACCUACAUCAAGAAUGGAUACAAACUAUUCAAACGAAGCCUGUUGUCGACCAUCAGCCAACUCCAUACUUCUUCCUCAACGCCUACUCAAUUCACAACUGUGAUCUUAUUCAGCUGGUCAUACCUGAGGCGCUUUGUGAGUCACCAUUGAGAGUCGCCAAUCCGGCUGAAGUU